AUGCCGCUCUACUCAAUUUCAGAGACUAUUCUGACUCUUAUGGAAGGUAUCCCUCCUGCUCCACCCCAAGGUGUACCAAAGUUAAAGCCUUCCAAACGAAUUGAUUAUGAACAACUUGAAAAAUUGUGUGAAAUCAAAGGACUUAAAUCUGGAAAAGGUUCUCAUAGCACCAAAGACGCACAUGAAACCUUCAUGAAACAAUAUAAAAAAAUAUUUCAGAAAGAAAAGAGGAUCUUGCCCUAUAUCCCAACACCUCCAGCCAAAAUAGCAUCCCUUGUCGGUUCUACAGUCAGUUCCAUAAAUGACAAUCUUCACAAUAUUGGCAUUUAUGUUAGAGACAUUCAUGGCCAAACAUCUGUGGAGCUUGCACUGCAGUUCAAGGACAAGUUGGAAGAAUUCAUUACUGUCUUGAAGAAGUUCCCCAUUCACAGGAGUCAUGCAGAACGUCGCUUUGUAUAUAAGAUGAUGAAAACCAUGCCUGAUUUAUCUUCUCAGUUGACACAUGAAGACUUCAAGGCACUUAGUCGAAAUAUCACUGCUGAAACCUGGGUGAAAGGCACCACAGUAAUUGCAAAUGAAGGUUUUUAUAUCAUAUUGAAAGGAGCUGUCCGACCAAGGAGCAAAGUAUACAAGAAAAUGAUUGAAUUGUCAUCUGCAGAUUUUUUCAGUGACCCAUCCUCAGUACAUUCAUCUGAAGAAGAAUUUUUCCAGGAGAAUCCACUUACAAAAUAUCGUUCUUUCAUCAGUCCACACUGCAUAAUACUUGGUCCCUGGAAUGGGUUUGGCACACUUAUAGAGUUGCCUGAACCUAAGCUGGGUUCAAACUUGUACUCUCUUAUCAUGGAAGAUGAUUGUGAACUUCUUAAAAUCAAUGCAAAGGAGUAUGCCAAGGUUAAAGAGGAGCAAGCUAAAAUGGAAAAACUUACAAGGGAGCAGCUAAUCCAUAAGUGCCCCUAUUAUAGAAAUUGGCCUAAACUUUCUGUAGAUGAGUUAACUGUCCACAUCAAAUGGAGGCGAUACCCUCCAGGACAUGUAUUGGUGAAAGAUGGAGAGAUCAUUUCAUUUGUGGCUUACAUCCAAUCUGGCUUUUGUAAAGUUUAUAGAGAAGUUAUUGGGCUUAUGAAAUAUCGACUUCGGAAAAUGAAAAAAAAGUGUAGGCGCGUUUUUAUGGGGAAACUUCAGGAGAAGGAAUCCUUUGGUGAGAUCAGUGUACUACUUCAGAUACCUUUCACAUGCACAAUCAUUACUGGAUCUGAAGUUGAACUGGGAAUCAUCGAUGCUGAGGAUAUGCUAGAAUUAGACUGGGUGACUCGGAAGCUGGUACUUCAGACAGCUGAGCAAACUUUUGGCUAUCUCACAGAUGUAAGUAAAAUGUUUCAGAAAUGGUCUGACACUAGAUUUCUCUGCAAAAUUGAGAUGAUGACAAUGAUUAUUAUUAUAACAAUGAUGAUGAUAGUGGUGACUAUUUAAUUUUUUUUUAGAAUGAUGGCGGUGACUAUUCAUAUCUGUCUAGCACUUUAUGGUUUAAAAAUGUUUUCCUCCCAACAAUUUUGUGAAGGAAGAAACAGUUCAAGUAUCAUAUUUCAUAUUUUAGAUCACAAAACUGAGUCUUCAAGGAGAAAAGAGGAUGUCAAAAAUGAAUACAUAACACGACAACGACAUAAGGAAUGGAAAAAGUUUAAGGGUGGCUGUCCUUCAGCUUUGCUUGCUGGUUCAGAAUGUGGGCUCCCUACCCCAACUUCCAGCAGAGAUGGUUUUGAGGCUUUAGUUGGAGGCGCUGCCUCCUCGAGGCUGUUCCUGCUCUGUGUGCUGCUCUCUCAGCCUGAAUAUCAGGAUAAGAUAGUCCAGUCAUCUUUGGAUUGCCGAGGAAUUAUACCUGGAACUGGAAGGUGGCACCACUGCUGGACGAGAAAAGAGAACUAUAAGAAAUCAUUUGCUGAUACCUAA